CGAACUUGUAAAGAAGAGUAAAACAAGUGAAUAUCUUCCUAUUGUUCCUCUUUCUUAACUAUAGAAAAUAUAAUGGGCUCUGAUCUCUAUUGGAAGGCUGGCAGUUUGUUAGGUUUGACUGCCAUUGGUCUGGGUGCUUUUGGUGCUCAUGCACUUGCAAAGUACACUGGCAAUGAUGAUGCCAAAUUGCGUAACUGGAAAACUGCCUCUGAGUAUCAGUUAUUGCACGCAGUUGCAUUAUUAGCUGUAUCUAGUAUUCCUGUAGCUGUUCGUCGUGUACAUCCUGCUGCAAUGCCAUUGAUGUUGGGAGGAACUAUUGCAUUCAGUGGUUCGAUCUACUUGUUGACUUUGGACCGCGAUCGGUUCCGUCCUUUAGGCCCUGUGACGCCGUUGGGUGGUUUGGCAAUGAUGGCUGGCUGGGCAGCUCUAUUGCUAUAAGAACAUAUCUUCCUUUCUUUUUAUUAUUUUAUAAAUGAAAUGAAGGGUUUGGGAACCACGUUUUUUUUUGUGAAAAUUUGCAUUCUUUAGCUUCCUCUUGAUUCUCGCUCUCUUUUUUCCCUUUUAUGUUAAGUAAGCGAGCCAAGAGACGGCACUGGUGGAUACGACGACCAAAUGAACGGUUUCGAUUGUUUCGAUCAGAAUCGAGUAUACUAAUAUCUUUUACACACUACUGCACGAGUUAUUUAUCGGAACAGUCGGAAGUACCAUCAAAUGUAACGGCCUAUAGUAAGCCGUGAGUAUCAUUCAGUAAAGUGCACGAUAAGGAC